CUCGGAAUCCUGUACCAGCUCGAGGCGACAGUCAGAGGCGAGCAGGCAGCUGCCAGCCACUAGUCAAUAGAGCCUCGAAAGCAGCGGAGCACAGCGCCGGCGAGUGAUCGGAGCGAGAUGGCGAGAAUUGCGCUGGCGGCGCUGCUGCUGGUGGUCGCCGUCCUUGCCGGCGGCGCGCGGGCGCAGCUGAUGGAGGGGUUCUACGCGCACAGCUGCCCGCCGGCGGAGAAGAUCAUCAAGGACUACGUGAUGGAGCACAUCCCCCGCGUACCAGGCAUCGCCGCCACCCUCCUCCGCACCCACUUCCACGAUUGCUUCGUCAGGGGCUGCGACGCGUCGGUGCUGCUCAACGCGACGGGCGGGAACGAGGCGGAGAAGGACGCGGCGCCCAACCUGACGCUGCGCAGCUUCGGCUUCAUCGACCGCAUCAAGGCGAUCGUCGAGAAGGAGUGCCCCGGCGUCGUCUCCUGCGCCGACAUCCUCGCGCUCGCCGCCCGCGACUCCGUCGUCGUCACCGGCGGGCCGUUCUGGAGCGUGCCGACGGGGCGGCGCGACGGCACGGUGUCCAUCAAGCAGGAGGCGCUGGACCAGAUCCCCGCGCCCACCAUGAACUUCACCGAGCUCCUCCAGUCCUUCCAGAACAAGAGCCUCAACCUCGCCGACCUCGUCUGGCUCUCAGGGGCUCACACAAUCGGCAUCGGGCACUGCAACUCCUUCAGCGAGCGCCUCUACAACUUCACCGGCCGCGGCGGCCCCGGCGAUGCCGACCCGUCGCUGGAUCCGGCGUACGCGGCGAACCUGCGGCGGACCAAGUGCCCGACGCCGACGGACAACACCACCAUCGUGGAGAUGGACCCGGGCAGCUUCCGGACCUUCGACCUGAGCUACUACCGGGGCGUGCUCAAGCGGCGGGGCCUGUUCCAGUCGGACGCGGCGCUGAUCACCAACGCGGCGGCCAAGGCCGACAUCCUCAGCGUGGUGAACGGGCCGCCCGUGCUGUUCUUCCAGGUGUUCGCGGCGUCCAUGGUGAAGAUGGGCGCCAUCGAGGUGAAGACCGGCUCCGAGGGCGAGAUCAGGAAGCACUGCGCCGUCGUCAACAAGCACUAGGGCGACAUUGGGGACCCCGGAGAAAUGGUUCGAUUUCUUCGGAGAUGCUUGGGAUACCGGUGGUGGAUACAUGGAUUGUGGUGUCUGCACGUUCGGUUUUUUUUUUCUAAUUGUAUUCUUUUGUUUCCUUUGUGCUGUUCAUUGGGGUGAUUUUUUUUUUAGUUUCUGUUUUCAGCUGUAACUGUAACUAUGUCAUGUACGCAUUUUGUUCUUGUUAUUCCUGCAACUGUAAGUUAUUUCAGUGAUUGAUAUACAUGGCGGUGAAAAUAAAAAAGUGGGACGUUCUGUCA